UGAGGCAGUGGGGAGGGGGACCGCAAGGGAACUGACCUGUGAGAGGCUGGCAGAAGUGGAGCUCCCAAAGCUGGAGACCUGGACUUUGACCAAAUAACGUUCCUUCCUGCUUGCUUAUCUUUGUGAAAUGAAAACAAUACCCACCUGACUUAUAAUGUAGUUACGAGGAUCAAAUAUGAAAGUACUUCGUGAAAUGUGAAACGGAUAAACUGCUAUCGUAAUUUACAUUUAUUCAAUGACAGCACCUAUUUCAUGACAUCCACCCUAGGCACUGGAGAAACAUGUAGAAUAAGAAAGGGUCUUUAUCUUUUAAGGAACUCAAAAGCUAGAGGGCAUUUUUAGGAUAAUAGGUAGGAUGGAAUCUUCAGACAAUGGACCUGAUGACUUAGAAACUAGAAUUGGCCUAAAGAAAGCUAUGGUCAGUCUACUGAAAGGUGCAGAGUGACAGUAACAAUUUCAAGAUGCCUUAACCCAGUAGGUGUGCCCCAAACUUUCUUUCCACUGUGCGCGUCACCAAGAAGAGGGCUGAAGCAGAUCAAAUGCUCCAUGAGCGGGAGGAAGCUGUGGGAUGAUGGGGAGGGUCCCAACAAAGACUGGAGCCUCGUCAGCAUCAUCAGAAACCACAAGAAACCAGGUCAGUGUGUGGGGCCCGCUCCCUUAGCUCCAGGGCUCUCUGUGGCUUCUUGAGCAGACUGUGCUGAGUAGUGGAUCCUUUGAAGCCAAAGGCCCCUUUGGCAUGGAGCCCUGUGUCCAGAAAAGCUGGAACUGACUAGAGAAAACAGAGCCGUAGUCCUGAGAGUCAGCCAGGUGGGGAACCAGCUGCAUAUGGAGUCAUGUGAUGCUUAUGUGCAGCCUUUAGUGCUUUCUUACUGUUCUGCGCAACUCCAAAUGGUGUGCCAGUCACCUCUGUCUUUGGCAUCCAAUGCAGAGUAGUGUUUAAUAGCUCUGUCAGUUCUCUAAGUGAGGGGAUGAAGCAUAUGUCUAGAGGGGAUCAAAGUCAAGAGCUAGUUAACGGGGCGUGUAGGAUCUAGGGUGUUGCAGGAGUAGGAGGGGUUAAGAAAUGGGUGCAGCCGACCAUUUCCCUAACCCUGUGCUGGCCUCUUUCCUGCUAUUUCUCUGCCAGAGCAGGAGACAUGCCCUCCUUGCCCUCCAGUCGGAGGCAGUAGGGUUUUCUGGGGGGCAAGCAUCCCUCAGUCCCUCUGCUUGGAGGAGAAGGAAUGUGGCUUGGCCUGCUCGUUAGGAUCAAGGAGGAGCUUUGGGGCUGGGCGGGGCAAGGGCAGGCUGAGGCGAGGGUUCCUACUGGCAUUGUGCUCCCUGUUGCUGUACUGCAAAGUCCUGCCACCCACCUUCAGGCCAUGCAGCUAUGUUCUGGGUGCCCUGACCCAACGGAAGUCCAUGGGGCACCCCAGACUGGCAGCCCUGCUCCUGCCUCUCAGCCUGCUGCUCAUUGGCGUCUCUACCUCUGCUGGGAUUGGCUGUCCCUGUCUGCCCCACUGGACUACCUGCCGUCUGCUGGUCUCCCACAUGAAAGAUCUGCCCAUAUUCCUUGCCAUACCCUGCCACAUACCCGGGGUGCUUGGCUCUGGUGCUGCCCCUGCUGUUUGUGCCUGCACCUGGUGUCAACUCCUUCAGACCUUCAACUGAGCUGGUUCCACCGCCUGGUGCAGAAAUCCAAAAAGUCUUACAUGUUCCAGUUCUGUAGGAGACACAAGAUGCCAGCAUCUGUUCAGAGGAAGCUUCUGACUCACUGUUGCCUGUCUGAGAAGGACCAUCAAAUCUCCGUCCCCUCCCCAGACAUCUCCCAAAAUGGGCUGCGCUUCAAAAGGACCCAACCUUCAGAUCCAGAGGCAGUGGAAGGUCUCCCGAGACAGGACUCACAAAGGCAUAAAGGGCCUGAGUUCUCCUUUGACUUGCUGCCUGAGGCACGGGCCAUUCGAGUGAGCAUUCCCUCAGACCCUGAGGUCAGCGUGCGUCUUUGUCACCAGUGGACUCUAGAGUGUGAAGAGCUGAGCAGUCCCUUUGAUGUCCAGAAAACCGUGUCUAGGGGCCACACUGUAGACCUGCCUUAUGAAUUCCUUCUGCCCUGUCUGUGCAUAGAGGCAUCCUACCUGCAAGAGGAUACAGUGAGGCGCAAAAAAUGUCCCUUCCAGAGCUGGCCUGAAGCCUAUGGCUCAGACUUUUGGAAGUCAGUGAACUUUACUGACUACAGCCAGCACAGUCAGAUGGUCAUGGCCCCAACACUCCGCUGCCCACUGAAGCUGGAAGCCUCCCUCUGCCAGAGGCAAGGCGGGAACACCCUCUGUGAAGACCUCCCCAAUGCCACAGCUCGAGAGUCAGAGGGGUGGUAUGUUUUGGAGAAGGUGGACUUGCACCCCCAGCUCUGUUUCAAGUUCUCUUUUGGAAACAGCAGCCACAUUGAAUGUCCCCAUCAGACUGCCCCAUCCUGGAACGUGAGCAUGGACACCCAGGCCCAGCAGCUGAUCCUUCACUUCUCCACAAGGACGCAUGCCACCUUCAGUGCUGCCUGGAGCCACCCAGACAUGGGGCGGGACAGCCUGCUGCCCCCCGUGUACAGCAUCAGCCAGACUCAGGGCUCAAGCCCAGUGACACUAGAGCUCAUCAUUCCCUUCCUGAGGCCAGGGGCCUGUGUUCUGGUGUGGAGGUCAGAUGUCCAGUUUGCCUGGAAGCACCUCUUGUGUCCAGAUGUCUCUAAUAGACACCUGGGACUAUUGAUCCUGGCACUGCUGGCCCUCACCACUCUAUUGGGAGUUGUUUUAGUUCUCAUCCUCCAGCGCCCACUGUCAGGCCCCGGCCAACCGCAUCCUGUGCUGCUUCUGCACGUGGCGGACACAGAGGCGCAGCGGCGCCUGGUGGGAGCGCUGGCUGAACUGCUGCGGGCCACGUUGGGCGGCGAGCGCGACGUGAUCGUGGACCUGUGGGAGGGGACACGCGUGGCGCGUGUGGGCCCGCUGCCGUGGCUGUGGGCGGCGCGGGCGCAGGUGGUGCGGGAGCGGGGCACCGUGCUACUGCUGUGGAGCAGCGCGGGUUCCAGCCCUGCCUGCGCCCCGGAUACCCGCACCGCGCCCCUGCGCGCCCUGCUCCGCGCCGCCCCGCGCCCGCUUCUGCUGCUCGCUUACUUCAGUCGCCUCUGCGCCAAGGGCGACAUCCCCCGGCCACUGCGCGCCCUGCCGCGCUACCGCCUGCUGCGCGACCUGCCUCGCCUGCUGCGGGCGCUGGACGCCAGCCCCGCCACCCAUGCCACUGGCUGGGGCCGCCUGGGUGCUCGGCCGUGCCUGCGGAAUCGCCUGGAACUGUGUCGCCAGCUGGAACGCGAGGCCGCCCAACUUGCCCACCGAGGCUGAUUGGAAUUCCCCAGCAAUCCAGAUGUCUUGGCCACCCAGACACUGGCUGGCACCCAGAAAGAGGCUUCAACCCUGGAAUUCUCAGGGUGCCUCCCGAGGACUACUCCCCAAAGCCUUGUUCCCUGCCUUCCAGCCCAGGAGCGGAGCACCGGACUCGCUCCUGGCCCUUGCACACUUUCGCCAGGCUUCCCCCUGAAGCUUCCCUGCCUCUCAGGACCCCCAGGGAGAGAGUCUCUCUUUCUUGGGGGCUCCUCUGACUCUGAUGUGGGAGGGGCACCUUCCCACUUCCUCUCUCCGAAAUUCCAGAGAGGAGUCUGCACAUGCUCCAGUGAAGGCUGGAGAGGUUGAGGCGGGUGGGGGAGGCAGGAGCUAUGCCUUUCUGAAGGGGGUUGACUCCAGAGAAGUAGGAGAAAUCCCCUUUCUCAGACCCAGGCCUUGCUCAUGUGGAAAAGGAGGGAGGACUGGACCCAGGGAGAAAGGCUGUGGCCCUGGGUGGCCAGGACAAAGGUGGGACAGUGGACACCAAGAUGGAGAAAGAUGAAUAAAGGCAAACGUGAUGGAUAAACGAAGAAACACAA